AGAAUACAAAUGCGAAUAUGUGCGAUUUUUACACCCUCACAACAGGUUACGACUUUCAUGUGUUAUCUAGUCAAAGAACAAGAAGAAGAAUCUACUAGUAGUACGUAGAUUGAAUCUCCUCUCAAAACAAAACCCAAAUAGAGGAACAAAAUGUCGUCAAGCAACUACUCCCGGACGAAACGCCGCGAGAACCCUAAAAACAUGGCCCGUCGAUGGGGACUGUGGUCGAGUCCGUCUAACAUUCUGAAACUACUGCCCAUGAUCUUUGUAGCCGCAACUGCAGUACUUCGACCAGGCGAUGAUCGUGACCAACCAGAUCCUCCGCAGAUAGUGCACGCGCAACGUCCAAUGCCAGACGAAGGUACACGUUGGGCUGAACGACGACAAACAAACUCGACUGCGCCAGAUCAUUCUGUUGCUGUCACUGGAGCAGAUCACUCUGGCGUGGAUGGGCUACAUCACUCUGUCCAUGAAGAUGUGCCAAAUCAAUCCGCGGAUAGACCGGUAAGUGUCAACAACUCUGAGCCACUGUCCUCCUCGACACCGAAGCACGCCCUCACGAAUAAGACAUUGGCAAGCCUAAAGCCGCCACUUUCAUCAAGUGAUACAGGUGCUAUUGCCAUGUUGUGUGGGACCAUAGAUUGCAGACCCUUAGGAGACAGUCGAGACGGCGAUGCAGCUGCCGGAGGGAGUUGCUCCCAGGACAGAGAUGCUUCCGCUGGAAAAAGCUCAUCAUUUGCCUCGUCCGAAAUUAAAAACUCUGGUGCGCAACUAGGUGUAGGAGCAGUACCACUUCUAUUGGGAGUACCUCCGUCCAGGGCGCACGAAAGGAGUAAAAGGAGCAAUUGUGGUCAAGAAAAACAAGGAGUGACAAGCACAACUAACACCCUCUUGGAGGAGGGACAACCACAACUAACACGCAGUGACGAAGAGGCGAUUGCUUUGUGUUGUGGUACAUUUACGGUGAAGAUCGCUGGAAAGACUCUACUUCAACCUCGGACAAGUUCGGAGUUCCCUUUAACAGACAACGAGAACUCACAGGGGAGCAGCUACAUGCGUGAACCCUAUGAUCCGUCGAAGUAUACUACUUCCACGAGAGAAGAAGACCGUCAUGAGAUGUCGUCUCUGACUGAACCUUCAUCAUUGAGGACGACAGAGCCGAGUAGUUCUACUUGUCGAAGGACCCAAGUGUGUGGUCCAGAAACUCUACUUCAAACGCAGAGUAAAGAGUUCCCUUUAACAGACAGUAAAGAGCAAGUUAUUCAAGAGUUCUGCGCGCAGAUGGGACGACUCGGAGGUUCAUCUUCAUUUGACGAUCCAACUACGAAAUUGGAGCAAAAAGUUCAAGAUUUGGGCGACACCUGGCGUCAAAUAAGCGCAGACUUGGACGACAAAAGAACAACAGCUUUCAGUCGUGGGACGAAUGGAGCUGCUGUUUCUCCUGCCUGCAUGAAUCGAGCCGGUUCUACUGCGGACAGAGGAGCAGUAGAACUGGAGGAUUUCUGGGACACAACUAGAACAACACGACCAUCUACCAAGACUAAUAAUUGGUUUACGCAACCCGUUAUUUCAGCCGUGGAAGGAUUGCGACAAUACAGAGGACGAGGUUUAGACCUGACGCCGACAGUAGGAGACAGCUGUGGCUCAUCGACGGUAAGAUUUGAGGAUCCUAGCGAAAAUUUGGUCAGCAUGCAAACCCCUAGAAGAGGUAGAUCUGGUGGUAGAUCUGGUGGUAGACCCGUUAUUUCAGCCGUGGAAGGAUUGCGACAGUACAGCAUGCAAACCCCUAGAAGAGGUACUUCUGGGAAUACAAUGACUCCAGAUAGUAGUCCACUGACUGGUCCGGACGGGAGAUCUGUUGGCAUGUACGAAACAGGAACCGUACGAAGUCAGGCUGGAGGUGGAUUAUGCGAGACGCCGAGCGUAAGAAGGUAUUUGGGCAGUGCGUUUGAUGCAGUGGGCUCGAGUUCGAUAGCCACUCCCAAGAGAACAGAAUCCCAAGGACCAGCACUCCAACGAAUAACUCUAGAGGAAAUGCUACAGGAAAUGGGGGUGAAUGACGCGGUGAAUGACGCGUCCUCUCCCCACGACGUUGAUGCCGCAGAUGGCGAUAAUAUCCAUAGCCAUACGCUGUCGCCUCCAAAUCGAAUGGGGGUCGUACUAGGUGAGUACCCCAGCAAAAGCAAUGCAACACGUGACAGCCUACCAAGAUGGUCAGCGGAUAUUCCUACGCUGAAGCUGAGGGAAAUAAACGGCGUUCUUGGUUAUCAGCCGUCACAGAGGCACAUUGCUUCUCAAAGAGGUCCGCAACUUAUGGCUUCUUAGAUGGAAAAUUUAGAUUGAAAUUCUCGCGAUUGGUAGUUACUAGUGAGUGAACACUAUAUGAAAAUUCGAUUUUGAUUUGCUGUUAUUGCAAUUACAGUAGCGCACUCUGUUUCUGCAAAGUAAAAUUAGCAAAAUACUAGCAGCCUAGUCUUAUUUUAUUAGGGAAUAGGUUCGUCCAGACUCCAGAGCAGUUUUUAGCACGCAUGGAGUGCAUGCAGCGCAGAUCCAUAAGGGACGCAAGAAGCGCGCCCUUUAGCUCCAUGCGAUCCAUGCACUCCAUGCCAUGCGAGCUGCCAAACCAAAUAAAUACUUACCAAUUUUUCUGGCCUAUUAGUACUUAAAUUUCUUAUUCCAUCCUAAAUAUAACUUACUCUGGAAUAAGAACUCCAAGUACUAGUAGUGAUAGUACGCCUACUCGUACUUCUACACGACCUAUUAACCCCCGUACUCUAACCGGCGUACCUGGUAAAGAGGGUGAGAUGACGCAGAUGCAGGGGGUUACAGUGUAUUUGCCAUUAGUACUUAAAUUUUUUAUUCCAUCUUAAAUAUAUGCCCCUCACUUCUAAUAUAGGGACUCGAGGAGGAUAUCAAGAUGGAGCCAUAGGGUCGCGUCAACCAGCCAGAUCUGCUUUCUUUUCUCAUGUUACGCCUGGUCCUCGAACCUUGCUCCGUAGCAAAAGUGAUACACAACUUGCUAGGAGACAUCAGUCUGCAGCAGGAACAGCAGCUUCCACGAUGCACCGCAGGCCAGCGUGGAAAUGAGGUAAGAUGGGAUGGGAGGACACGUUAUUGGAAGGAACAGCACACUUUAUAUAUGAGGUAAGGAGCGAUGGGAGGACACGGUCUUAAAAGGAACAAUGACACACUCCUCUACAUAAAUGUUGGGACACGGUCUUAAAAGGAACAAUGACACACUCCUCUACAUAAAUGCUGUAGUAGUUGACACAUAUUAACCCAACCUGGUAACCACAGAUUGCCGGCACAGAGCUUCAGACAUGUUGUACGGAAAUAAGCCUCCUCCUGGUUUUUAUUGUCCGUCCACGACAUGACGAGUAUGCUUUCUUUGAAGAGGUGACUGUACAACAUUUAGAUAUUUCUUGGCCUCAUUUCAAGAAUUAUAGUAGAUUUAUUAUAUAUAAGGACACCGACAUAUCUUCAUUUUUAGGUCUUUUUUACCUGAUUUUUCGCUUUCUCCACCUAGUCAUAUGGUUUUGCAUGACAUCUUGCUAUGCCGUCAUCCAAAAGAUCCGGAAAAAAGACAGAAGGGGCAAACGAUAAUACACGUUAGUUGUUUCCUCACUGCUUCAUGGUGCAU